CGGGGCUCGGGCACAGGUCCCCGCUGCCGCAGCCCUACCGAGUGAAACACCGAGCGCGGCGCCGCUUCGCCAUCACCUGGCUCUGGCCCUCUCACCCUAGCUUGGGGUGGCACUGGUCAGGCAGUGAGGACCCUGAGAUCCAUGCCCUGGGAGACAUAGGCUGUCUCCUGUCCAUGCAGGUUCCCGGGUGGCUUGACAGGUUUAUAACUCUUAGGAAAAAAAUGUUAAUUCACUGGGCUGGGCCUCUGUUCCUUGGGAGUUGAAAAGAUUUGACCUGGAAGAAACCCUAGCGAUCAUUCAUUUAAGCCGCAACCCCACCCCCUGUUUUAUAUAGGUCCCUAAAUCGCCGGGGUUGAUGUUGGCUUUGGAAGAACUUUGCAGAGCGUUUUCUGCACUGGAAGGAGGGCUGGAAGCUUUCUGGAAGCAUUGCCGCACGGAUUCCGGUUCACAAUGGAUGCUGAUCAAGAGAAAGAUUUGCAGAAAUUUCUAAAAAAUGUGGAUGAAAUCUCCAAUUUAAUUCAGGAGAUGAAUUCUGAUGACCCAGUUGUGCAACAGAAAGCUGUCCUGGAGACAGAAAAGAGACUACUGCUUAUGGAGGAAGACCAGGAGGAGGAUGAAUGCAGGACCACCUUGAACAAGACUAUGAUCAGUCCUCCACAAACUGCUAUGAAGAGUGCAGAAGAAAUAAACUCAGAGGCCUUCUUGGCAUCUGUGGAGAAGGAUGCAAAGGAACGAGCCAAGAGAAGAAGGGAAAACAAAGUUUUGGCGGAUGCCCUAAAAGAAAAAGGGAAUGAAGCAUUUGCUGAAGGCAAUUAUGAAACAGCUAUCCUGUACUACAGUGAGGGUUUGGAGAAGCUGAAGGACAUGAAAGUGCUGUACACCAACCGAGCCCAGGCUUAUAUGAAACUUGAGGACUAUGAGAAGGCACUGGUGGAUUGUGAAUGGGCUCUCAAGUGUGAUGAAAAAUGCACAAAAGCAUAUUUUCACAUGGGAAAAGCCAACCUGGCCCUGAAGAACUACAGUGUGAACUGGAGAAGCCUGAACAAAAAUGUCAAAUGCACACUGUGUUCCUCCUGCCUCCUGCACUGGGAGCAGGAGGAGUCUAGAGAGUGUUAUAAGAAGAUCUUAGAAAUAAACCCCAAGCUGCAAACCCAGGUGAAAGAUUACCUGAAUCAAGUAGAUCUUCAGGAAAAAGCAGACCUUCAAGAAAAGGAAGCCCACGAACUGCUGGAUUUAGGAAAGAACACAGCUGUGACCACCAAGAACCUCCUAGAGACCCUUUCCAAGCCUGACCAGAUCCCCUUGUUCUACGCAGGGGGGAUUGAGAUCCUGACUGAAAUGAUAAAGGAGUGCACAGAACAAACUUUAUUCAGAACGCACAAUGGAUUUAGUAUCAUCAGUGACAACGAGGUCAUAAGAAGGUGUUUUUCUACAGCAGGAAAAGAUGCAGUUGAAGAGAUGGUCUGUGUGUCUGUUCUCAAGCUCUGGCAAGUAGCGUGCAGCGAGAACGAGGAAAACCAGCGUGUGCUAGUGAUGCACCAUGACAGGGCCAGGCUGUUGGACGCCCUCUUGUCCUCCAAGGUCCUGGCCAUCCGUCAGCAGAGCCUUGCCCUGCUGCUGCAGCUUGCCCAGACUGAGAGUGGACGGAGCCUGAUCAUCAGCCACCUUGACCUGACCAGAUUAUUGGAAGCCCUGGUGUCAUUUCUUGAUUUCUCGGAUAAGGAGGCCAACACUGCUGUGGGACUGUUCACAGACUUGGCUCUGGAAGAAAGAUUCCAAGUCUGGUUCCAGGCCAACCUUCCAGGUGUUCUCCCUGCACUCAUAGGCGUUCUGAAGACAGAUCCCAAGGUAAGCAGCUCCUCGGCUCUGUGCCAGUGCAUUGCCAUCAUGGGAAACCUCAGUGCUGAGCCUGCCACCCGAAGACACAUGGCGGCCUGUGAGGAAUUUGGGGAUGGCUGCUUGAGCCUCCUGGCCAGGUGUGAGGAGGAUGUGGACCUGUUCAGAGAGGUUAUCUACACACUCCUGGGACUCAUGAUGAACCUUUGUCUUCAGGCUCCCUUUGUCUCUGAGGUUUGGGCUGUGGAGGUGAGCAGAAGGUGCCUGUCUUUACUAAACAGCCAGGAUGGAGGAAUCCUGACAAGAGCUGCUGGUGUUCUGAGCCGGACCCUUUCUUCCUCUCUGAAAAUUGUUGAGGAGGCCUUGAGAGCUGGAGUAGUAAAGAAAAUGGUGAAAUUCCUGAAGACAGGAGGUGAGACUGCAUCACGUUAUGCUAUAAAGAUACUAGCUAUCUGCACGAAUAGUUAUCACGAAGCUCGGGAAGAAGUAAUAAGACUGGAUAAAAAGUUGAGCAUUAUGAUGAAGCUGCUUAGCUCAGAGGAUGAGAUUCUGGUGGGCAACGCUGCCCUCUGCCUUGGUAACUGCAUGGAGGUGCCCAACGUUGCGUCUUCCCUGCUGAAGACAGACCUCUUGCAGGUCUUGUUAAAGCUCGCAGGCAGUGACACACAGAAGACGGCCGUGCAGGUGAACGCAGGCAUUGCUCUGGGGAAGCUGUGCACAGCUGAGCCCAGGUUUGCUGCUCAACUGAGAAAGCUUCAUGGCCUAGAAAUUCUCAACUCUACGAUGAAAUACAUCAGUGAUUCUUGAGAGAUACGGUGUUUGUGUGCAUUUGGGGAACACACAAAUGCACACUAUGUGUUGUUCCUAUGCUAAUAAAGACCUUUGAUACAUCCA